GCCACUGCUGAGACAGCCGAGUUCCACACACCAGAGUACUGCUCUACACAAAGCUGAUAGCCCUUGCAUUGGCUGAUGGAGGCUCUGCCCUGCUGGACUGAGAACUUUGUCUGUCCUGUUGCCCACCUGGCUCCAGAGAUCCUUCCUUACAAGAUGCUGACAACUCCCUUGCCCACUGUGCUGUCUCCUGGACCUGCAGACUGAGACUCUGGGACUCGGGUUUGUUAUCCCCCAUUGAUUGCUAUGUGUUUUAUAUUUCUCUUAGAUUGUUAGAGUAUGAGUGGAAUAUUAAGAUAUGUUGGUGUUCUACUUUGAGGCAUCCUGCGCUUAAUAAAAACCUAGUAAAUAGCAUAGUUACUGUGUGUGACUCUUGUCUAUUCCUUGAUGCUGGGCUGCUCAGCAGGCAGCUGGCCAAACAGUUGUCUGGCUGACUUACAGGAAAGACUACAUCACGAACACAUGCUCAUGACACUCCAGCCUGGAUUCCUCAAGGUAACCAACUUUGCAUGUCCCACCUCCCACACCAAAUGUGGCACAGAGAAGGUGCUCAUCAAACGUGAAUCAUGGAGUGGAAGAACAUUUCUGCCCAGGCUUGCCAGAACAAAGCAUUCAGGUCAGAAGAUUUUGGGCAAAACGUGGGCGUCCAGACGUGUGCACAGUCCAGCAGAAGAACACACCUCUCCUGCUUGGGACCACUUUCCUUCUCCAAUGUCAUUCGUUGUCUGCUCAAAAGGGAGCGUGGGAAAGAGAGAAGAAGGCAGAUGGGAAGAGACAGAGAGGGAUAAAAUUGAUCAGCUACCUCCCGUACACAUCCCGACCAAGGAUCGAACCCGCAACCUAGAUUCACCAAAAUCUGGAAACAGCCCAAGUGCCCAUCAGAAGAGGAGAAGAUUAAAAAGCUGUGGAGCUGGGAUCUUGGCUGCACCUUUAUCCCCUAGGCCAAGAACAACAGCACCUGGGCUGAAGCAGGCACUCAAGAAAUAUUCGUUGGUUGAACAAAAUGAGGAAGAUGAAGACAAGUGUUUUCCUCAUCUUUGGAAUCUCUUCACUCUGCCCCGGGCCAUGAAAGCACUCUACGUCUUCGCCAGUGCUCCGAACCCUACCCCACCUCCAGGAUUUCACUGA